CAGUAGAUUUCAGAAGCCAAAUAACCCAUAGAUAUAAAAGCUAUAGUGAAAAAGAAAAUUUCCAUAUUUCCAUUUUAAUAUUCUUAUGGACAAAAAAGCAAGCCUCCCCUAUAUGUUUUUCACUCUCCCACUUUGCAAUCCUUUGUUUUGUAAGAAAUAAUUUCUGAUAAUUAUUCAGAUGCUCCGCGCGUGAAUUCUCUUUCUCCUCUCGCGCGUUUCUCCGAUCAGGAAUUUGUUGAUGGGUGCCCCUAAGCAGAAAUGGACAGCAGAAGAAGAAGCUGCCCUCAAGGCAGGAGUUCUGAAGCAUGGAACUGGCAAAUGGCGCAAUAUACUUUCAGACCCUGAGUUUAGUUCUGUCUUACGUUCACGCUCAAAUGUGGACCUCAAGGAUAAAUGGAGAAAUAUAAAUGCAACAGCCAUUUGGGGUUCAAGGCAGAAAGCCAAGCUUGCUCUUAAAAGAAAUCAGUUGACUGCUAAACAUGAUGAUAACCCUGCAGCUGUAAUCACUGUACCUCCAAGUGAAGAAGUUGUGGAUGCUAAGCCCCUUGCAAUUUCUAGUGGAACGCCAAGGGCAACUGGUCCAAAAAAGCCAAUUUCAAGGUUGGAGAAUAUUUUAUUAGAGGCCAUCACCAGUUUGAAAGAGCCAGGUGGUUCUGACAGAGCUUCAAUUGCUGUGUACAUAGAGGAGAAAUAUGCUGCUCCACCAAACCUCAAGAAGCUGUUGGCAACGAAAUUAAAGCUGUUGGUGGCAAAUGGGACAUUGAUAAAGAUAAAGCACAAGUAUAGGAUUGCACCACGAUCAACUGUCUCUGAAGCAAGAAGAUCUCCUCUGCUUCUUUUGGAAGGAAGGCAGAAGGAUUCUUCAAAAUUGGACAAGAAGGGCAUCAACAUUCUCACUAAAUCCCAAGUUGAUGCAGAGUUGUCAAAAAUGAGGAGCAUGACAGCAGAAGAGGCUGCUGCAGCUGCUGCACGAGCAGUUGCAGAGGCAGAAGUUGCAAUUGCAGAGGCUGAAGAGGCAGCAAGAGAGGCAGAGGCAGCAGAAGCUGAAGCAGAAGCUGCAAAAAUUUUUGCCAAAGCGGCAGAGAAGGCAUUGAAGGCUAGGAUGCUAGAUACCUGAUGGCAUAAGUGGAUACCUACCAUAUGGUCUUAUAUCGCUGCUGGAAACAUGCAUCAGACUGGACAUCAUGUGGCCUGGUAUAUCAACUGCGAUCAUGUCUAUAACUGUAAAUUUAUUAGGCUUGUAAAAAAAGAAAUGUGAGAUUAAUCCAUGAAGUUCUGCUUCUUUUCAAACAAAGAUUUAGUGAGGAGCUUAGAGGUUUUUGUGAUUUUAUAGCUUUACCAUGAAGUAAAUGAAGGGUACAGAUAUAGCAAAGAAAUAGAAGUAGGUAUUCACGAUGUCAUGCUUGAGAUAUGAUCUAUCUUUUUUGAAAGUCAGAUCUGAAUACAAUUAAACUUGCAAUUUUGCUAGUGGAUGUUCAAGUAUUUGCAGUGUUAUUGUGUUGGCUAAUAGCCAUUUCGGAACUC